AUGAAGCUGAAGCUGCUGAUCUGGUAUCAGAGACUGGGCCACCCAUAUAAGGAGGCACAAGGACUGCUUACUGGUGAAAAUAAUGAGUCCUUCAAGUUUGAUGACAGUUUGCAGAACCAGGAACAGAAACCAGUUCUUCUGACCCCAGAUUCAACUUCUCUUCCUGACAGGCAAAAUAAGUACUUCCAAGGGACCGAAGGAACAAGAAAAGCCUCUUAUGUUGAGCAAUCAGGAAGAUCAGGGAGGCUAAGUCAACAGACUCCAGGACAGAAAGGGUACCAAAACCAGGGACAGGGAUUCCAGUCUAGGGACUCACAGGAGAACAUCCACCAGGUAUGGGAGCCUCAAGAGGAUAGCCAACACCACCAACACAAACUCUUAGCACACAUCCAACAAGAAAGACCACUUUGUCACAAAGGGAGAGACUGGCAAUCAUGCAGUAAUGAGCAGGGCCACAGACAGGCCAAGACCAGGCAGAGUCAUGGUGAGGGGCAGAGCCACUGGGCAGAGGAAAAGCAGGGCCAUCAAAGUUGGGAUAGACACAGUCAUGAGGGUCAGGAAGGUCCAUGUGGGACACAGGACAGGCAAACCCCUGAAGAUGAGCAGAACCAUCAGAGACAAGACAGACAAACCCAUGAAGAUGAGCAGAACCACCAGAGACAAGACAGGCAAACCCAUGAAGAUGAGCAGAACCGUCAGAGACGAGACAGGCAAACCUAUGAAGAUGAGCAGAACCACCAGAGACGAGACAGGCAAACCCAUGAAGAUGAGCAGAACUGUCAGAGACGAGACAGGCAAACCCAUGAAGAUGGGCAGAACAGUCAAAGACGAGAUGGGCAAACCCAUGAAGAGGAUCAAAACCAUAAGCAACAACAUAAUAGACAAAACUAUGAGGAGAAAGAGAGAUAUCAAGGAUCUCAGAAUCAAAAAUCCCAAGUGACCCAGAGAAGCUGUCCUAACAGAGAAAAAUUCCACAUGAAUGAGGAUGACCAGAGCCAAGGUUCACCUGUAUUUGUCAAAAUGGCUCAACUCCUGAGUAGCAUACUCAGUGUGAUCGAGGUGUUUCACAAAUAUGCCAAAGAGAAUGGGGACUGUGCCUUACUAUGCAAGGAAGAGUUGAAACAACUGCUCUUGGCUGAGUUUGGAGACAUCCUCCAGAGACCAAAUGACCCAGAGACUGUGGAAACCAUCUUGAACCUCUUAGAUCAAGACCGAGAUGGACAUGUUGAUUUUCAUGAGUACCUCUUGUUGGUGUUCCAGUUGGUCCAAGCCUGCUAUCGUAAGCUAGACAAUAAGUCAUAUGGAGGCAGGACCUCACAGCAAGAAAGGGAGCAGGAAGGAGCACAAGACCGUAGAACAGUAGAACACUUCUACCUAAAGUUCAGAAACAGAAAAGAUAUUCUGAAGAUUUAUAUUACAUCCAAGGAUAGGAACCGUAGGUUUGGUGAGCUUUGGAUCCUGUGGAUAAAACAUCAGGAAUUUCAAGCCUCAUAG